AUUUGGAAGCAUAAUAGAGAAACUCCAAGGCCAUGAGGAUUUCCAUCUUCCUAGCUGUACUACUUCUCAUUGUAGCCAACAUGUUUGCCAUCGGAUGGGCUCGGUCAUAUAAUGGCCACGAUCGCCAUGAACAGGACCAAGCAACAUUGGCAAGUACGGACAGCAUAAUGGUGCAAUCACAUUCGAACCUGGAAGGUCAAAAGCAACUCAGGAAAGCCCAUCCAAUGCAAGUUGCUGGAUCAAGGUUACCCGAUUGCACUCAUGCCUGUGGCUCCUGUUCACCAUGUCGAUUGGUAAUGGUGAGCUUUGCACUAUGUGGCUCGCUAACUCAGGCAGAGACGUGCCCUAUAUCAUAUCGUUGUAUGUGUAAUGGCAAGUCAUAUCCUGUUCCAUAAAAGCUAGGCCACUCUUUUUGCUAAGGUUUAGAACUUAUUAUUGUUACCUAUGUACUUCAACCCUGACUUGUUUUUGUAAUUUACACACUUUAGUAUUACU